GGAAAUGGUGUGAUUUCCAUACACAACCACCACUUUAUGGGAGAGGAGGACUUGCUACUGGAUUUAGGUGGGUGGAAAACAACAUAAUAUGGAUCAUCGGCCUGAAGGCUACAGCUAAAUACAUGAACAUAUUCAUGCAAUCAGAAAUGUGGAUUAAUCGAGGAAUGCGAGGGAGUAUGGGACAAUGGAAUCUCACCCUAUGGAAUUCAGCAGUUUGAUCACAUGAAGCGAGUUGUUUGGGAAGGAGAGACGUCGCCUGCAUCUACCUAUAAAGCUAAGCCGAAUCGAAUGGACUGUAUUUUGAGAGCAAGACAUCCAAGUUGAUUAUACAAGUAAUAGGAUACUGGAUAUAUCUUUACAUUCCAGAGGGGUAACUGGCCUCUGUCUGCAUUUCAGAUGCUAGCUCGCCAAUGCAUUUGAGUGGCAGACUAGUUUAGCUAGUUCUCCAUUGCUGCUCGCCAUUGCUCCCUGUCGCGUCGGCGUCAUAGCCGAUGAGAACGCUCUUGUGUCCAAUCACAGUUUUCACGUGAUGUCGCGGAUGGCUUUUGGCCUCUAUCGGAAUUAGCUUGUUAGUAGCCUGCCAGCCAUUAUUUGCUUAUCACAACAAAAUAUUCUCUACAACAGUGAGUGUUGCAGAAAGAGACCCAAUUUGUUGGUAAAAGCAAGUGUUUAAUUUGCAUCAAAACAAUAUUUAGUUAGCCAUAACGACGGCUAUUAUUGCUAUAUAGCUAACGUUAACUAGUUAGCAAGCUAGCCAACUUGAUGUAAAGGGCAAGCUAGCGCACUGUUAGCUAGGUAGGUUCUUAACGUUAUGUAAUGCUGGAUAUCAAUAACAUCAGCCAACUAGUCGCUUGUCGUGGAUAUAAUUGUUUUUUCAAUUUUGGGAAAGUUUAUCGGGAGCAUUUACUUGCAACGUUCACUGACCAGUCAACGUUAGCUAGCUUGUUAGGGAGCUAGCCCUUACAUCGUAGUUCGCUUUGCAUUACUAGAUAUUGUAGCAUUAAACAGGCUCCAGUGUACAGCUACGAGUUGGUGUUGCAGUGGAAAGUCCAGUCAGGUCAGAAGGCAUCCUGUUUACUGCGGAUAUCCACCUCUUAGUCAAUUUAGGAACACUUAGGUAAUCAUGCUGCACCAAUGCAUGCCAUUCGAAGAUACUUUUUGUGCAUUUUAAAUGUUGCACGAACUGGCAUUUUAGAAAAGUUCACAGCACCACAUCGAACAUUGGCCAAGUUUUAACACAAGAUAAAGGGACGUCUAGUCGAACAUCAUCACGUGCACGGAGAUCAUGUACUGUUCUUCGAAGAGCCACACCAGUAAACUAGCCUCAAGGACUCUGUAACUAAAUUUAGCUCGCAAGGGAUGGAAACCAAUUUACUGAGGAUAAUGCGAGUACAGUUGUCUAGCUGACUUUACUUGGAUUGGAAGUAUCAACAUAAUAAGCUGGAGGAAAUCUUUAUAUAUACCCAUAUUACUUAGAUUUUAAUGAGUUUAAGCUAAUUUUGGGAUACUAGUGGAAAUGCAUAUGCAUUGUAAUUAAUUAGAAUGUUUACUAGCUAUUAUCUCAGAAAACAAAUACAAUAGGACAGGAGCUGUUGACAAACAGGCAUUACUCUGUCACUAAGACAUUUGAUGACAACGUUAUUGUGCAAGCUAUCACUUCCUGGUAGGACUGGAAACACAACAAGCCUUUAAAAAAAGAUACUCUUUACUUUUGUAUUGAUUUGCUUGUUGGUAUUGCUAUGUAGUUACACUUUGUCUUCAGACUAAAUGAAAAUAACACGUAGAUAUUGUACAGUCAGUGGUGCCUGAAUUUCAUGUAUUUUGCUUUGAGAUAGCACACAACUUAAAGUCCCCCACCAGCUAUUUAUUUUUUACUUUUCCUGUCACGCUAGAUUGUUCUAAUACUGUUUCAAUUCGCCUGGAGCGCUGUUUCAACGGUCUACUGUAAGAUACUUGAAGAUUGCCUAUGACAAAAUGAGGAAUAUGCACCGAGCGCUCUCUGAAAGGAAUAAGCUCCCCACUAGCUGACGUGAGGAGUUGUAACUUUUGGACAUAGCUGGCAGACAGCAGCAGCACUGUGGAACUCUGUACAAAGAAACUUGAAGAAAAAAGGAGAUGGUCACCCUGCUGUGACAUCAUUGGACUGGAGGAGAGGACACGGACACACUCGAGCCGUCUGCAGCCAUGAGUCUCCGCCCCCCCACCUCAACACUGGACAGUGGGGCAGCCAUUAAGAAACACUCUCAUCUGCCCAGGCUCAACAGCCUGACGAUAGGAGACUCGGAGCGCAAGACCUCCAGCGGCCAGCAGAGGGAGCCUCUGGCCGACUUCCCCACUGAGAGCACAGGUCAAGGUCUGGUUCAGAGAUGUGUGGUUGUACAGAAGGACCAGCUAGGGUUCGGCUUCACUGUGUGUGGCGAGAGGAUCAAGCUGGUGCAGAAUGUUCGACCAGGUGGCGCAGCGGUCAAGGCAGGGGUCCACGAAGGAGACAGAAUCAUAAAGGUCAAUGGCUCGCUGGUGUCGUCCAUGUCUCAUCAGGAAGUGGUGAAGCUCAUCAAGUCUGGGACAUAUGUUGCUCUGACUCUUCAAGGACCGCCCCCUUCAGCAGCUGCCCUCCCCCUACAUCCCCUCCCCACUGACCUCUUACCCAAUCAGCGGACGUCACUGGGAGGAGAAGCCCCACCUCCACCACCUCCACCCCUCCCCGGACUGACCAGCAACCCCUCCCAAAGGAUCACCAAACCACUGCAGAACCUAGACGUACAGAAACACGCCACUCAGAUCCUCAGGAACAUGCUGGAACAGGGAGAGGCUGAGCUUCAGGACUUGAUGGAGGAACUGUUACUGAACCCCUCCCCAUCCCUGGAGGAGCGAAUCGAAAGUGCCAAGCGGCGGGCCCAACAAGUCAGGGUUAAAAUCCAGCAAGAUCUGGAUGGAACUCGAUUGGAAUCUGUGACCAGCUAUGUAGUAGCAGGAGAAGGUCGGUUGUCGGGGGAUUCAAGUGAAGGAGACUUUGAGGCCUGUGAGAGCCCCCACUCCUCCCCCUCCACCUCCUCCUUCAGGACCCCCCUCUACCGGAGACAGGGCUCUGACACACACACCUUCUCCGACUCGGCUGGGAAGGUUCAGAUCAUUGGCCCAGAGGAAGAGGAGGAAGAGGACGACAGCUAUCCGCUCAAUGAGAUGGACGGCCCAUUUCAGGACAUAGAACUUCUCAAGUCGCGACCGGCCCACAUGACCGUGUUCAUGAGAUACCUCUUCAGCCAGCUACUUGAUCCCAACCCACUGCUGUUCUACCUGUCAGUGGAGGUCUACCUGGGCUCCAGCCCUAAAGACGCCCGUGCCCUCGCCCCACAGAUCUGCUCCCACUUCCUGGACCCUGAUGCUCCGUUGAAAAUCAGAGUACGAGAAGAAUACCUGUCCGAUAUAGAGAGUCGACUCCAUGCCCAGGAGGACAUCAGGGGACCUCUUUCUGAGCUCCAACAGCAGGUGCUGCCUGACAUUCAGGACCAAAUACAGGAUUACAGGAGUAAGCAGAUGAUGGGUCUGGGUUCUCUGUUUGGAGAGGGAGACCUGCAGCAGCUGGAUGGAGACCCAGCCAAGGAGAGGCUAGUGGUGGACAGACAGGUCACUGCUCUCUGGGAAAUACUCUCGAAGCACGAAGAGGAGAGCAGUUCUCGUCUAGCCUCUGCGGUGCUGCUGUAUCUCCGUCACUCAGGCAUAAAGCUGAGGGACUCCAGGGUGUUCCCAGGCCUCAGCACUGAGAAGGAGAAGUGGCUCUCCUUCUUUCCCAAGACCAAGAAGCUGAGCAGUUCAAAGAAAGAGAAGGACGGUGAGGACAGGAAGAGAAACCCCAUCCUGAAGUAUAUCGGCAAGCCCAGGAGCACCUCUCAGUCCACCUUCCAUGUCCCCUUGUCUCCCACUGAAGUGCGCCCGGGCAGUGUGAGGAACAUCAUCCAGCAGUUUGAGAACCACACAGAGAUCCCCGGGGAAGAGGGGGCCGAGGGAGACCCUCCGAGACUGUCCUCCAGCAGCCUGGGAGAGGACAGCAUGGACAGCCCCACGGUGUCGAUGCGUCUGGCUCGUAGUGAGUCUCUGAAGGCGCAGGGGGAGGGGCGUCGGCGGGGCGGGUCCUCGGGGGCUGAGACAGUCCCUCGGUCCCGUAGCGACGUGGACAUGGAGGACUGUGGAGAGGAGAGUGAAGGGCCGGGCCUGAGACCCUUACACCACAGCACCUCCUCUGCCUCCAGUAGCUCAGCACGAUCCUGCGAGAACCCCACCCCUCCGUACACCCCUCGGUCUUCCAGAAGAAAGAGUGUGGAGUUCCCAGUGGCCUUGCUCCCUGACGCCCCAGCCCUAGAGGAGGACGUGGUGGACAGUCACAACUGGCAGGAGACGGUGGCCCCGCAGGUCCUGGCUACUCUCUGUCCCCGAGAGGUCGACAGACAGGCUGUCAUCUACGAGUUGCUGACAACGGAGGCGUCUCACCUGCGUACACUCAGGGUGUUGGAUCAGGUGUUCUUCCAGAAGAUGAGGUGUGUUCUGAGCUCUGACGAGCUGGCCUGCAUCUUCCCCAACCUGCCUCAGGUCUACGAGCUCCACGCGAGUCUGUGCGAAGCCAUGAAGAAGAGACGAGAAUCUCCCAUCGUUCAGGGCAUCGGCGACAUCAUGCUGGCCAGGUUUGAGGGCGUGGCGGGGGAGGAGUUUCAGGAGCAGGCGUCCCACCUGUGCAGUCAGCAGUCUCAGGCCCUGGAGCUCAUCAAGAACAAACAGCGCAAAGACCCCCGUUUCGCACACAUCAUCCAGGAGUGUGAGGCCAGUCCUCACUGUAGGAGGCUGCAGCUGAAGGACCUGCUGGUGUCUGAGACGCAGAGACUCACCAAGUACCCUCUGCUACUUGACAACAUCCUCAAACACACAGAGGCCGGUUCCACAGACCUCCCUCCUCUCCAACAGGCUCAAGCCUGUUGCCGGGGGAUAUUGCAGGCCGUCAACGAGGUUGUCAGGGAGACGGAACACCGGCAGCGGCUCAACCAAUACCAGCGCAGGUUGGACCCCACGCCACAGUUCAAGAGUCUGGACCUGACCAGUAAGAGAAUGAUCCAUGAGGGUCCUCUCACCUGGAAAGUCAGUAAAGACAAAACCUUGGAGAUCCAGGCGCUGCUGUUGUCAGACCUUCUGGUGUUGCUCCAGAGAGGUCCAGACGACCGGCUGCUGCUGCGCUGCCCAUCCCGCUUUCUGGGGGGGGGAGGUGGGGGUAGCGGGGAUACCAAGGCCUCCUUCAGCCCCGUGGUCCAGCUAGACUCACUGCUGGUGCGCUCUGUGGCCACAGAUAACAAGGCCCUGUACGUCAUUAGCACAACAGAGCAACAGAUAUACGAGCUGGUAGCAGGGACGUCCUCAGAGAAAAACAUCUGGAAGGACCAACUUGAAAAGACAAUCUCAUUGGCUGCUGGCUCCUCACCUUCAACCAAUAACAGAUCCACACCUAUUUUCUCCCCGAGUCUUGGUAAUGCUUCCCCUGUCUCAACUGGCAGCCAUGUCUACCAAUCAGACGACUCGAUGACGGAGCAGGCUGUUUCAAUGGGGACAAACUCUCCUAACGAUGAGGACAAUGAGCUCACGCCCACCACACCAACGGCGCAAUCAGGGGCUUUCCUCCACAUUGAGGGACGGGACUACGUCAAGAAGCAGAUUGGAGUGGCUGAGGCAGCUCUUGAAGACGUGGAGAUACUAAAGCGGCUGAUUUUCCACAACUUUGAGGAAGUUGGGUGGAGUCACGACUCGGACGGAACGCCCACAAACGAGACAGCCAAUGAGAGGAGCCCGCUCAAUGACAGACAGAGACUGGCGUCCUCUGAGACUCUUCUCAGUGCCAGUCCCAGCCAAUUGGAGGCUGAGCAUUCCGAAGCCCCGCCCUCGGAGGUGGGGUCCCCCAGUGUACAUGUUGUGAGGAAAGCUGUGGUUGCGGGCUCUCCUUCUAUCCCUGAUGACAUCACUGAUGUCAACCUCCACUCCGACCAAUCACCUGAGCCGAGAGCCGGGGCCAGUGUACGGGGAAACGUGUUCUACCUGGUGUUGCCUACAGAGCAGGGAGACGGACUGCUGGAUGAGAGUCACACAGAUGAGGUCAUUGAUCCCCCCACCCUGACCUCCACCGAACUACCUGAUCUGGACCAGGAAGUGAUGUCAUCAAACAUUAAGCAUCAUGAGGAAGAAGGGCAGGUCUCUUCCACCCUGUCUGCGGGCAACCAAUUGGAGCCAGGGAAUCUGAGGCGGGAGGGAGGGCUUGGCCAAUCACAAAAGGUCCUCCAGAGCUAUGUGAUCAAACACGUGGAUGAGAUUUUCCACACAAUUGAGGAGCUGAUGAGCAAGCUGCACCAGCUGAGGGACAUCGAGACAGCUCAUCACCAGCUGCUGAAAACACUAAGAGAGCCGCCUGUCAAUCAGGAGUCAGACGAUCUCCCUCGCAACCAGGAAACAGUCGUCAGAACGCCGUCUCUGGACCGGGACCCAGGGGAUGCAGAGCCAGCUAAGCCUGAGAUCCUCUCCACUGGAUUCUAAAGAUGUUAUCUCAAUGAGGAAUUCUUAAGACUCAUUCACCCCUGCUCUGCCGUAGACAUGCGCACAUACACACUGAUGGACUGGGACCCCAGCCUUUACCCCCUACCCCACGUCUCACACCCCUAACCCUCAGCCCAAUCCUAGCAUACACUGCUCGUAGGAGCAGGAUCCAGGAAGUACUGUGAUGUCUUUGGUGUUGCCCUGGGAGACCAGGAAGUGAUGCAGGACUGAUGGCCCCGGCCCCCUGACAUCGAAGGAUCUGUCCCCAACACGGGUUCAGGGUGAACUCUGACCUCCGUGGAGCCAGAGGGAGUCCAGGGACGAGAGGAUGGACAGAUGAAGGACAAAAAAAAGGAAGAGACUGAAAAGUAGAGAACAAGUGAUGGAAAUGUGUGAAGAAGCAAAUAGAUCAUAAUGAAAGUGGAGAGUGGGCAGAAUCUAAAUUGGCAAGGAAUAAUGCCAUGGAUGAGAUGUUGGAUGGAAGUAAGGUUGGUUACAUUUGAAGGAGAAGUUAGUAUACUUUGAACAAAGUAGUGAUGGUUCAAGGGAGAGAGUUGAGAAGUGACAGAUGAACAGGACAACGUAAGGACCCUAGCACUUUACCCACAAUACAUCAUCUGUCGCGUAUCCAUACUCCACAACGGAUUGGAUUAGUGAGGGACUGAAAACUGGACAGAUCACCGGCUCCAUUGUGAGUCAAAGCUGCACCUUGUUUGAGCCAAGAUGGUAGUUCAUUACUACUGGUUGCUUUACAGUAUGCCUGCCAUUGAGGCCAAUCGAAGAACGGUGUGUGUGUGUAUGCGUGCACACACACACGGAACCAAAAUAUAAACGCAACAUGCAACAAUUUCAAAGAUUUUAGUGAGUUACAGUUCAUAUUAGAAUAUCAGUCAAUUGAAAUUAAUUAGGCACUAAUCUAUGGAUUUCACAUGACUGGGAAUACAGAUAUGCAUCUGUUGGUCAAAAAAAACAAUCAGUAUCUGGUGUGACCACCAUUUGCCUCAUGCAGCUCAACACAUCUCCUUUGCAUUGAGUUGAUCAGGCUGUUGGUUGUGGCCUGUGGAAUGUUGUCCAACUCCUCUUCAAUGGCUGUGCGAAGUUGCUGGAUAUUGGUGGGAACUGGAACAAGCUGUCAUACACGUUGAUCCAGACCAUCCCCAACAUGCUCAUUGGGUGAUAUGUCUGGUGAGUAUGCAGGCCAUGGAAGAACAGAGACAUUUUCAGCUUCCAGGAAUUGUAUACAGAUCCUUGCAUCAUGGGACCAUGCAUUAUUAUGCUGAAACAUGAGGUGAUGGCAGAUGAUGAAUGGCACGACAAUGGGCCUCAGGAUCUUGUCAAGGUAUCUGUGCAUUCAAAUUGCCAUUGAUUAAAAUGCAAUUGUGUUGGUUGUCCGUAGCAUAUGCCUGCCCAUACCAAAAACCCCACCGCCACCAUGGGGCACUCUGUUCACAAUCCGGGGAGAGCAUACUUCUUCAGCUUGCCAGUGGCCAUCGAAGGUGAGCAUUUGCCUGCUGAAGUCGGUUACGACGCCAAACUGCAGUCAGGUCAAGACCCUGUUGAGGACCAUGAGCAUGCAGAUGAGCUUCCCUGAGACUGUGAUUACACAUGAUGAUCUGCGGUUGGAUGUACUGCCAAAUUCUCUAAAAUGACGUUUGAGGUCGCUUAUGGUAGAGAAAUUAACAUUAAAUUAUCUGGCAGCAUUGCUGGCGGACAUUCCUACAGUAAGCAUGCCAAUUGCGCGCUCCUUCAACUUGAGACAUUUGUGGCAUUGUGUUGUCAAAACUGAACAUUUUAGAGUGGCCUUUUAUUGUCUCCAGCACAAGGUGCACCUGUGUAAUGAUCAUGCUGUUUAAUCAGCUUCUUGAUCUGUGACACCUGUCAGGUGGAUGGAUUAUCUUGGCAAAGGAGAAAUGCUCACUAACAUGGAUGUAAACACAUUUUGGGCCCCAAAUUUGAGAGAAAUAAGCUUUUUGUGCAUUUGGAACAUUUCUGGGAUUUUUUUUAUUUCAGCUCAUGAAACAUGGGACCAACACUUCACAUGUUGCGUUUUAUAUUUUUGUUUAUAUAUGUUCAGGUUUAUUGCCCUGGGCCCAGAGGAAGGAAUGGGUCAUAAAGAGUAAAGAUAUCAACAUACACAAGCAUCAUUCAUCCAUAAUAUUCUUCAUGUUAUGAGAAACGUACGUUUCGUAAUCACACAUGAAGAAAGGUGUGUUAUGUUUUGGGAAAACCAAGAUGGUGGCCGGUCGGGUCAGUCAGUCCUGUGUCUCUGUACAGCUGCUGUGCUACAGGAUGGGUUGUCUGUAGCGGCGACAUAUUAAGGGUCACAACACUAGUACUGCACUGUUCUCUACUGAAUGGCUGUUGUCUUCUGCACCACUACUCCUAGACAUACAGGGAUCACUACUACGAAAAAGGAAACCUGUUCAAUGAAUACCCAAUGUCUAACAUGUCGUCAUUUUUUUUCCCCUAAAGAAUGCUCUACUGUAUUGGGUGUGUACAAUACUGUGAAUUCCCCUCUUCCCUACUAUACCGUGAGUAGUAUUUACCGUAUUGUCACACCAAAACAUGAAGGGAUGGUUGUUUAUACCAAGUAGCAUACGUUUGAACUGAGAGACCCUCGGCACAGACAUGUAUAUAUUGGGAGAGGAAGUCUGUUAACCCUAUGUAAUCCCUUGUUCAAGUGUGUAAUCAGCAGCAUACAAUGUAUGUGUGUGUGUGUGUGUGUGUGUGUGUGUGUGUGACACCACAGUGUGUAAUGGGAUUUCUGAGGGGAUGCAGUGUUUUCAGUUUAACUUGGCAUGGUGGACAAUUCCAGACUAUUUUUCUCAUACAUUUUCUUACUUUCUAACUUUUCUAUUCGUCCAUCUCUCCAUUCACUUACCCUCUUGAGAAGCAUUAAUUUUUUUCAGUCUUCAUCUUUGUACUUUCUACCUCUUCUUUUUAGCGUCUUAAGGUUUUUCAUACUGGGGUUCGUCUGUCAGAAGUCUGAGUUUGUGUACGCACCUCGCUCAUACAGAGGUUAGAACUGAUGUUUCUUCCCUUUGUCAAACGUUGCACAGCAAACUGCUGCACAGUGCAAACUACUGUAUGCAUACAGAGGUCUUUAACGAUCCUUUCUCUUGUUUAAAUCUUGUUCACUCAUGUAAUAUAGAAAUCACAACCUUGUUUUAUAUGUGAAUCUUUUUUUUCUGUAAAGCCUUAGUCCUUUCUUUUGAUUUGAUUUUUGUAGAUUCGAUCAAAACAAGAUGUAAGUUAUUUUCUCUCCCCUGUUUUUUAGAAAAAGGUGAGAUUGUUAGCUGCACAGAAGGAAAAUGAACAUGUGUUUUGUGACAUUAAAAAGAACUGUUUUGAAAGUC